ACAACCUUCCAAACCACUGCAAGAUUCUCCAGGACAUUUUUCAGUUGUCUGGAGGAAAAUUAAGGUGUCUCGGUAUGGCAAGCGGACCCAGUUUGAUUUUGGGACUUCUUAAUCUUUGCAUCUGUUUUCUGCUGUCAGAAUCUACUUCAAAAUGCUUCAUUAAAGGUGAUGAAGCCUAUUGUGCCCUGAAAAACCUGUAUACGGUGCCAGUUUUGCCUCCCUAUAUAACUUACUUGGAUCUAACCUUAAAUUACAUUAGUGAAAUCCAUGAGAAAUCCUUCUAUGGUUUGGAAGCGCUACAAAUCCUACUGAUCCAGCAACAGGAAGGACGACUUGUCUUGAGAAAUAAUGCCUUUAGUGGACUGUCCAAUCUGACACGACUUGAUCUGGCAUACAACAAAGACCUACAAGUGGAUCCAGGAGCAUUUAAUGGAUUAUUCAACCUCCGGGUACUCAAUCUUACAGAGUGCAAGUUAAAUGGCUCUAUUCUUUCAGGAGACUACCUGAGACCUCUGGUGUCUCUGGAGCAGCUUUCACUAUCUGGAAAUAAUAUACCUAAAAUCCGUCCCGCAUCUUUCUUCGUCAACAUGAGCAAACUGCAUAUCGUAGACGUCUCUCGUAACGGGAUUAACAGUUUUUGUGAAGAAGAUUUGUUCCAUUUCCAGGGGAAACACUUCACUCUCCUCAAACUGCAAGAUAUCAAAAUGACUGACAUGACUCCGUAUUGGUCUGGAUGGAAUAAAUGUGGAAACCCGUUCAAGAACAUGUCUAUGACGCUGCUUGAUUUGUCUCAAAACGGCUUCAGCGUUGACGUCGCAGUGCUGUUCUUCAAAGCAAUCAGAGGAACCAAAAUUCACACUCUGAUCCUUAAUCGCAGCGGCAGCAUGGGAAAGGGAGUUUGGUACAACAACCUGAAAGACCCAGACCAGAACACAUUUAUGGACCUGUCCGAGAGUGGCGUUAAGGCUCUGGAUCUGUCCAAUGCUAGAAUUUUUGCUCUUAGAAAUUCGGUUUUCCGUCAUAUGCCAGAUCUGGAGGAAAUCUCAUUAUCUGCUAAUUCAAUCAACCAAAUUGAAAGAGAUGCUUUUAAUGGACUGGACAAUUUAAGAAAGCUCAAUCUGUCUCAUAACCUUUUGGAUAAAAUUGAUUCCGGAACAUUUAAAAAUGUACAAAGUCUUGAGACACUGGAUUUAUCUAAUAAUAUCAUAAGAAUACUUGGGUCUGAGUCAUUUCAAGGACUGCCCAAUCUGGCUCACCUAUCUCUGUCUGAAAAUUCAUUACAAUAUGUACAUACAUUAGCACGCCUUCCACAGCUCAAAAAGCUCUUCUUAGACAAUAACAAAAUCACAUCCCUGUAUGGCCUUCCGAGACAAGCAAGAAACGUCACGACGAUUGAUUUGCGGAACAACAGAUUGAGAAAUGCCGAGGACGUCUACACCGUAUUAGUGGAAUUCCCCAAUAUUGAAACGAUUUUUCUUGGAGGCAACGUGUUUUCGUGGUGUGUUCUUAAUGCUAAAUAUUCUGUUUCACCUUUAAACAAGGUACAAUUUCUCGACCUCCACAUGACCGGCUUGCAGAACCUCUGGUUACAAGGACGGUGUCUCGACAUGUUUGACCACCUUCACCAGCUGCAGACGCUUCUUCUCCAGCAAAACAUGAUACAUUCUCUUCCCAAAGACAUUUUCAAAGGACUCACCUCGUUAAACACUUUAGAUUUAUCCUUCAAUUCCCUAACCUACAUACCUAACGAUAUAUUUCCUAGAAGUCUGAGGAUACUCAAGCUUGCUCACAAUCAUCUCGGUUCUGUUGAUCCACAAGCCUUCAGCACGCUGACCACAUUAGAGUUGUUUGGAAACCGCUUUCUGUGUGAUUGUACCCUGAGAGACUUCCAGAGAUGGUUGAGUCAGACGAAUGUGAAAAUGUUUACCUCUGCUGAGAAACUGACAUGUGCGUAUCCCGAACAGCAGCGAGGAAAGUCUCUUCUGCAUGCUGCAUUGUGCAAGGACAAAAACUAUUGAAAAGAAUGAAAGAGUAUAUAUAUAUAUAUAUAUAUAUAUAUAGAGAGAGAGAGAGAGAGAGAGUAUGUUUAUUUCUUAUCGAUAAUUAUUGUCUGAAUUUAACCUAUGAUGUACAAACCUGCUCAUAAAUAUGUUCUAAUAUG